AUGUCCUUUCAAUCGAACGAGACUAUGAUCCACAACCAGCCAGCAGGCCAAUGGGCUGGAAACCUGACUCUUCAGUCUAGUAGAUAUCCUCCCCCAACCAUCCAGUGGGCGCAGGUCUCCAAUGCUGGCAACACCGCCAUCGAAUUGAAGCAAAUCCACGUUGCAAAACCAGCCCCCGACGAGGUCUUGGUGAAGAUCGAGUACUCGGGUGUCUGUCACACCGAUUUGCAUGCGUGGAAAGGCGACUGGCCGGUGAUACCAAAGGAUUUUUGCGUGGGUGGCCAUGAGGGCGCAGGCUAUGUCGCUGCAGUAGGAUCCAGAGUCUAUGAUCUCCGGAUUGGAGAUGCAGUGGGAAUCCCGUGGCUUAAUAGAACCUGCGGCUCCUGCGAGUUCUGUAUCGCAGGCAACCAGCCUCUGUGUCCGGGAACGCAACUGUCUGGAUGCAACGUCGACGGCACCUUUCAACAGUACGCCAUUGCCAAAGCAGAGAAUACAGUCCGCAUUCCCGUUGGUAUUCCGUUGGAAACUGCGGCUCCAGUCCUUUGUGCGGGUAUCACUGUCUACAAAGCUCUGCUCGAGGCAGAUCUCAAACCGGGACAAACUGUCGCCAUUAUCGGUGCCGGCGGAGGACUGGGAGCAUUGGCCUGCCAGUAUGCCAAAGGGAUGGGAUACAAGGUGCUGGCCCUGUCGUCUGGAACGGCAAAGAGAGCGAUGUGUCUGGGUGAGCUGGGAGUAGACUACUAUGCUGACUAUAGAUCCCCAGAUGUGGUCAGUGAGGUGAAGAGUAUCACCAAUGGAGGACCCCAUGCUGCUGUCAUUGUGUCUUCGGUGGAAGAGCCGUUUCGCCAAGCAUUGGGUUACAUUCGCCCUGGAGGCACUGUCGUCGCAGUUGGCCUCCCUCCAGGCAAAAUGUCGACUGAUAUCUUUUCCAUGGUGACUUCCAAGGUCAACAUCAAAGGAUCCUAUGGUGGCAACCGACAAGAAACAGAAGAGGCACUGGCAGUUCUUGCUCGGGUGGGAAUCAAAGUGCAGCCCAAGGUGGUCGGCUUUGCAGAGCUCCCCCGUAUCUUUGAAAUGAUGGACCGAGGCCAAAUGCAAGGUCGAGCCGUGUUGAAGAUCGGAGACCAGCUAUCCAGAUAUCCUGAGCGCCCCGGUCUGAGAGAUCCGGAAACACCCAGUCUCUACCAGCCUGGCAAACCCGGCAAUGUCGUGUCGCCGACUCUCCAGCAGGCCAUUGAGAAGGCUGGAGGCGAUUUCCGUUCAGACACGGUGACUGUUCCAACUGAGCCAGUUAUGCAGGCAAUUGUAAACGCUGCCACCUUUGGAGACAACAUCUACGAUGAGAACGGCGAUUCCGCAGUUAACGAGUUGCAAGACAAGAUCGCCCGGAUGACAGGCAAAGGAGCAGCGCUGUUUGUACCGUCUGGCACGAUGGGCAACCAGAUAUGCCUGCGCACUCAUCUGCACCAGCCCCCUCAUACCAUCCUGCUCGACUAUCGUGCCCAUGUCCAGUGCUGGGAGACAGGCGCCAUUCCUGUUCUCUCGCAGGCCACUGUGACUGGAGUCGAGCCUAAGAACGGAGUGCAUCUGACGCUGGAGGAUAUAAGAGACCGCAUCGUUCUAGAAGAUAACUUCCAUUUCCCACCCACCCGCGUUGUCUCCCUCGAGAACACCCUGAGCGGCACCAUCCUCCCCAUCCAAGACGCCCGCUCCAUCUCCAACCAUGUGCGCAGUGUCCCCGUUCCACCAGGCCGGCCACGAAUCGCUAUGCACCUUGACGGCGCCAGACUAUUCGAAGCAGUGGCGGCCGAAGGAGUCGAUAUGAGAGACUACCUUGCCAACUUUGACACCGCCAGUCUCUGUCUCUCCAAGGGCGUGGGAGCCCCUAUUGGCAGCAUCAUUGUUGGAUCCAGAGAAUUCAUCAACCGCGCUGUCUGGUUCCGCAAGAUGUUUGGCGGUGCCACCAGACAGGCUGGCAUGAUGGCUGCUGCUGCCUCGGCUGCGCUGGAUCACAAUCUCCCUGAGCUCCCUCGAGUGCACACCCUGACUCGCCGAGUGGCUGACUAUCUCUGUGGAAUCGGAUAUGAGUUCUUGCUGCCUGUCAAUACCAACAUGAUCGUGCUGGACCUGAAGAAGAUGGAUCUCCCUGGAGAACAGAUCGUCAAUUAUUGUAAAAAGCAUGGGCUUUCAGCGUUCCCUAAUGGCCGACUGGUCUUCCAUCAUCAGACUUCGGAAGAUGGCGCAUCUCGACUGCAGACUGCCCUAUUGGAGCUGAUCACCAACCACAGACGGUCGAAGCUGUGGGGAUAG